AUGGCUGAUAACACGAAAGCUAUAAAUCUUUUUUUGCUGGAUGACGCUGCUGGUGUAGGUCGUACAUUUGAUGGAAUUGGUGGCCUAAGUGGAGGUUCGGCAACCUCAAAGCUACUGGCAGAUUAUAAGGAACCUCAGAGAACAGAAAUAUUAGAUUAUUUGUUUAAGCCCAACUUUGCAGCAUCUCUGCAGAUUCUAAAAGUAGAGAUUGGAGGAGAUGCCAUUGCAUCAGAUGCUACAGAGGCAUCACAUAUGCACAACAGCUGGGAAGAAAACUACCAACGUGGUUAUGAGUGGUGGCUGAUGAAAGAAGCCAAAAAGAGAAAUCCAAACAUAAAGCUGUAUGGACUUCCAUGGGACUUUCCUGGCUGGAUUGGAAAUGGAACUCAGAAUCCUUACCAGGACGUUGUUCGUUUGGCCACGUACAUCACAAAGUGGAUUCAGGGUGCAAAAGUGUAUCAUAAUCUGGACAUUGACUAUAUUGGGAUCUGGAAUGAGAGAUCAUAUGAUAUAGCAUAUAUAAAGACACUGAGACUGAUGUUGGAUCAGCUUGGAUUUGAAAACACUCGCAUAGUUGCAUCAGAUGAUGGCUUUCAAUACAUUGUGGAGGACAUGUAUAAGGAUGCAGAGCUGACUGCUGCAAUUGAUAUUAUUGGUGUCCAUUAUCCUGGAACUUACAGCCCCCAGAAUGCUAUUCAGCUGGGGAAAACGCUAUGGUCAUCAGAGGAUUACAGCACAAUUGACAACACUAUUGGAGGAGGAUGCUGGGCCAGAAUUUUAAACCAGAACUAUGUUAAUGGAUACAUGACAAGCACAAUUGCUUGGAACCUAAUUGACAGCUACUUGGAAGGCUUGUCUUGGGACAGGGACUCUUUGAUGACUGCUAGGGAACCUUGGAGCGGCUUCUACAUUGUGGAAAGUCCCAUCUGGGUCACAGCCCACACCACUCAGUUUAGUUCGCCAGGCUGGAGUUACUUACGCCAUGGCCAUGGCGUGGAUCAUCUUGAAAAAGGUGGUAGCAUUGUCUCUCUUACAAGUCCAGACAAGACUGAUCUCACAGUUGUCAUAGAGACCAUGAGUCAUGACCAGUCUGUGUGCAUUAGACCUAAUCUGCCAGGAUAUGAAGUUGAGCCACAGAAUAUCAGCCUAAUUCUUAUGGGUGAUUAUGUUGAUAUAAAAGAGCUACAAGUGUGGUACACUAAACUAGGUGGAAAUACUUCCUCAUCUGUGUACUUUUCUUACCGUGGCACAGUGCCGGUCCAGAAUGGUUUGGUGACGCUGUCUCUGGGAGUGAAUGAAAUCUACACUCUCACCACACUAACCACAGGCAAGAGGGGACAGUACCCUGACCCUCCAGCUUCUAAGCCUUUCCCCAUUGAUUAUUAUAACUUCUUUUAUGAACUGAAUGAUAGCUCAGAGGCACCAUACUUCUCAGCACAGCAAGGAGUGUUUGAAAUAGUGAGCGUUUCAGAUUAUGAGAAGCAUAUGCGGCAGAUGGUAUUGGAGCCACCAAUAGUGUGGUGUGGUGUAAGUGGCAAGAUCAAUGCCACAAUGAGUGUGCUGGGUAGCGACAAGUGGACAGAUAUCUACGUCAAAGCAGAAACAUUUAUGGUGGCUAUAAAUGGAAGCAAGGCAGUCUACAUUGCAGCUCGCAUCGACAGCUCAAAGACAGGUUGUGACACAAUCAGUGCCACGGGACUCUUUUUCUUUGUCAUUCCUCUGGACCAGCGCUAUUUUCUGGCCAAAGAUCUCGCUGGCAGUUCCGUUAUUACGGGUGGACAAAGUCCGGCCAUUGAUGGUGUACACAAUGUUUUGGAACUACUGGUACUUAAUGGCUUUGUUUUCGGAAUGGUGAACAAUGUGGAUUUGUUCAAUGUGUCCAUACCCCAUGAUGCAUCACCAAGUGGUUUUGUGGGCGUCGGCACAGAUUCCUUUGGUUAUGCAGAUUUUGGAUAUUUCAUUACACGCAAUGCUUCAAAUGCAUUAAUUAGGAAAGAAGACAAAACUCUAAGAUUUCAAAGCAUGGUACAUGAUUGAGAAAUGUUUAUUCAUAUAUUGUCAAAGUUCUGAUAAGGAUUUAUGUCCCAUAACUAGUGUGUAUAUUAUUGUUGCUUCUUUUGUGACUGAAACCUGACAAUCAUAAAGUGAAGUGGUUUAUUACACUGUUAAUUCUGUACAGUCAUGUUUUAAGUGUAGGGAUUGUAGUGAAUUUGUAAAGACUGCAUGCAUGUCUUUCACAUCUGUGAGUGGCUUUAGGAAAAAAAUGAUUCUUUAUUGAAUUUGAGUUCUUUGUGAUUCUUUAUGACUUAAGAAGGUGCUCAACUGAGCAGCUGUAAACCAUAAAUCCUGCUUGCCCUAGCUUUUCUGAAAAUAUCAUUUGGCAGUUUGUGAAAAACUGCACACAGUAACAUUUAAUGAAUGUCCAAUGAUUAUUUUUGAUCAAACCUUGUUCUAACUUAUCUUUGAAAUGGAUGGGAUGAAACAAAUAUAAUUUUUACUGUUGUUAAUGAAACUGUUGAUUCAUUUAAUCUUUGACUGAUGUAUUAAAGAAUUAUUGAUAUGA